AUGUCUACCACAGCACCAGCAGUAGUAACUGCUACUAAGAAAGAAGAACCCCUACCAUUUGUAUACCAGUUUGUCGCAGGUGCGAUUGCUGGUAUUUCAGAAUUGGCAGUGAUGUAUCCAUUGGAUGUCGUUAAGACUAGAAUGCAAUUGCAGUCCAAUACGGUAGCUGCCGAAGAGAAGUAUAAAGGGUUGGUCGACUGUGUCUCCCGUAUUGUUAAACGUGAAGGGUUCAAGCAAUUGUACAAAGGUAUCUCCUCGCCAUUCUUGAUGGAAGCACCUAAGCGUGCUACAAAGUUUGCAUUUAACGAGAAGUUCAAGACUAUAUACACGGACUUGUUGGGGAAUGAGCGUAAACAAACUGUCGCCAUCAUUAGUGGUGCCUCUGCGGGUGCCGUAGAGGCCUCGGUGAUUGUUCCCUUUGAAUUAGUCAAAGUUCAAAUGCAAGAUGUUACUUGUAAAUUUGACUCUCCAGUCGGAGUCCUGAAAGAUAUUAUUCGUAAGGACGGUUUCUUAGGGAUAUAUCAAGGUUUAGAAUCCACCGUAUGGAGACAUGCAUUCUGGAACGCCGGUUACUUUGGGGUCAUCUUCCAAGUGCGUAACUCGUUGCCACCUGUUCAAAAUAACAACGAGAAGAUCCGUAACGAUUUGAUUGCAGGUACAAUCGGUGGUACCAUGGGUUGUGUAUUGAAUACUCCAUUCGAUGUGGUGAAGUCUCGUAUUCAAAGUAAUGGGAACAUCACUGUGUUGGAAGAUGGAUCAAUAUUGAAAAAAUAUAACUGGGCAUUACCAUCGGUGUUGAAGAUUUAUCAGGAGGAAGGUUUUAGAGCUCUGUAUAAAGGGUUCGUUCCAAAGAUCGCAAGAUUAGGACCAGGUGGUGGUAUAUUGUUGAUCGUGUUCAGUACUAUCACUGAUUUCUUCAAAGAAAUGAGAGCUGCAAACUGA